AUGAAGCCUACCAGUGAGACAUUCACUCCGGAGGACGAGAGACGGCUUAUUCGGAAACUCGAUUUCUGGAUUAUUCCUCUUAUGAUGGUGACGUACACGCUGCAGAGCUACGACAAGGGUGUCAUGAGCGCCGCAACACAGUUCAACUUCAAUGCGGACUUGAAGCUCACCACGAUUGUCGGCCAUUUGCCAGACGGAACCCCAAUCACGAAUAACCAGAAAUACGCCAAUGCCUCGAUGAUGUUUUACAUCGGAUAUCUCGUUGGUACAUACCCAAUGAUGUUCUUGUGCCAGCGCUACUCAACAUCGCGAGUGGUUUCCGUCGCGACAUUCCUGUGGGGAGCUGUUCUCAUGUCGACAGCCGGCUGCUUCAACUAUGCCGGUAUUAUGAUCAAUCGUCUUUUCCUGGGUUUCCUUGAGUCAGCCGUUGCUCCCUCAUUCACUGUCUUGGUUACCUUUUGGUGGACACGAGAAGAGCAGACCCUACGAACUGGGUUCUGGUACAGCUGUGUUGGAGUUGCCACAGCCAUAUCUCCCCUAAUCAACUACGGCUUGGGUCAGAUUCAUGGCUCACUGCCUUCUUGGAAACCAAUCUUCUUGAUUCUUGGCGGUGUCACCAUCUUAUGGUCCAUUGUUCUCUUCUUCUUCCUCCCUGAUGACCCCAUGACGAGCAAACGGUUGACAGAGGCUGAGAGACACAUCGCCAUUCGCCGUCUCGAGAGAAACAAUGCUGGUACCGUAAGCCACGAAUUCAACAAGGCCCAGUUCUUCGAGGCUUUCCGCGAUUACAAGCUGUACAGCAGCGCCUUCAUAGUGCUUCUUACCGGUGUGCCAUCGGGAGCCCUUGGAACUUUCGGUACUGUCGUUAUUAACGGAUUCGGAUUCGACCACUUUGAUUCUUUGGCUCUAACAUGUCCCAUUGGAGCAAUUACUGCCACUUCUAUUCUGUUGUCGGGUUACAUCACACGGAAGUGGAGAAACAUGCGUUACCUGCUGAUUAUUGUCUGCGGGUUGAUCUCUAUCGCCGGCACUCUCAUCUGCUGGUUCGGGCCUCGGAGUAAUCGAGGAUUAUUGUUUGCGGGUGUUUUUCUCAUUGCUGUCCAAGUCGCCUCUGGAGGAAUUGCUGUCUCUCUGACGGCAUCGAACAUAGCCGGACAUACUAAAAAAUCCACUGUCAGUGCCUCGACUUUCGUUGGAUAUUGCGUCGGAAAUGUCAUUGGUCCGGUGAUCUUUGGCGCGUCUCCGGGCCCAAUCUAUCACGCAGGGUUCGUAGGAAGCUUUGUCUGCCUGUGUGGAGUGGUAGUGAUUGCGUCCAUUACGCUUAUUGCGUUGCGUAUGGAAAACAGAAAGAGAGACAAACGAAGUGGCACACCCAUGAAUCUGCACUCAAUCGAUGAGGAUCUUACUGAUAUCCAGAACAAAGAUUUCAGAUACGUCUUGUAG